AUGAGUAAUGUCGACCUCUCAAAAGCAUCCAACUGGAUUCAUCUGAUCAAUAUGAUCCCUUCUCUUUCUGUCUUGCGUCUGUCUGAUGCUGCUCUUCCUAGCCUUCCCUCUACACUACCCCAUGUUAAUUUCACUUCUCUUACUACACUUGAUCUCUCUGGGAACAACUUUGCAUCAAGCAUUCCUGGUUGGCUGUUUAAUCUUAGCAGCCUUGAACUUCUCGAUCUUGGGAACAAUAAUUUCUAUGGCAAUAUACCACUUGCCAUCGGGAAUCUCAAGAAGCUUCAAGUCUUAGAUCUCUCAGGGAACAACUUUAGUGGAGACAUCCCAGAAACGGUAUGGAGUCUCAAGAGCUUGCGGUCAAUAUAUUUCGUUCACAACAGUAUCAGUGGGCGGAUACCAGAAACUGUAAGAAAUCUAAAAAGCUUGGUGUCCUUAAACCUCAGCUCUAACUGCAUCAGUGGGCGUAUACCAGAAACUAUGGGGAAACUCAAAAGCUUGAAGUACUUGGACCUCGGCACAAACAAUAUCAGUGGGCAUAUACCAGAAACUAUGGAAAAUCUCAAAAGCUUGGUGUCUUUGGACCUCAGCGAUAACAGUAUCAGUGGGCGUAUACCAGAAACUGUGGGGAAUCUCAAAAGCUUGGUGUCCUUGGACCUCAGCGAUAAUAGAAUCAGUGGGCGGAUACCAGAAACUAUUGGAAAUCUCAAAAGCUUGGUGUCCUUGGCCCUCAGCAGAAACAAUAUCAGUGGGCGUAUAUCAGAAACUGUGGGGAAUCUCAAAAGCUUGGUGUCUUUGGACCUCAGCUAUAACAGAAUCAGUGGGCAGAUACCAGAAACUGUUGGAAAUCUCAAAAGCUUGGUGUCCUUGGCCCUCAGCAGAAACAAUAUUAGUGGUGAAAUACCAAAGACCAUUGGGCGGCUUACAAAGCUGCAGAAUUUAUGGUUGGAUCGCAAUCAAAUUAGUGGGGAGAUUCCGGAAACCAUAGGGAAUCUUGGUGAGUUGAUCAGUUUGGAUUUAUCCCGAAAUUUUAUCAACGAGCAGAUACCUAGAACAGUGGGUAACCUCCGCAACUUGAGCGACUUUGAUGCUUCUGAAAACAAUCUUAGUGGUCCUUUGCCCAGUCAGAUAGGAGAACUCCAAAGUUUGAAAAGUCUUGAUCUUGGUUUUAAUUCGUUGCACGGUUCAAUUCCUGCAUCAUUGGGGAAGUUAUCUGCCCUAUUUAAUCUGAUUCUCACAGCAAAUUCCUUGGUAGGUGCACUGACUGAAGCCCACUUUGCCAACCUCACAAGCUUAUCAUAUUUGGAUCUGUCUUAUAACUCAUUGACAGUAAAUGUGAGUCAAGAUUGGCUUCCUCCAUUUAAACUAGACGACAUCAUCAUGACGUCUUGUCCACUGGGGCCCAAAUUCCCUCCAUGGCUUCGAAACCAGACUAAUUUGUUUGUACUGGACCUAUCUGGUGCAGGAAUAUCAGAAAAUUUUCCUGAUUGGUUUUGGGACAUGCGUCCAUCCAUGGUCGUUCUUAAUGUUUCUCAUAAUAAUAUGAAAGGAAAGCUACCUAGCUUUGAACCUCUACCCCCCAUUCUGAGUCCCGAUCAAGGAAUAUUAAUAGAUUUAUCCAACAAUUUAUCCUCUGGACCUAUCCCCCCAAGCUCGGGUAGUGAUGUCAACCCUAUCGGCUUUUUGCUUCUUGCACAUAACAGGUUCAAUGGCAGCAUUCCAUCAGCAUUUUGUGAGGCAAAUUAUCUAAAAGUUCUCAAUCUUGCCGAUAAUGAUUUAUCAGGAGUUCUCCCUAACUGCUGGAACAAUUCAUCUCUUUUGAUAGUCAUUGAUUUCUCAGACAACAAAUUGUCAGGAGGCAUUCCUAGCUCAAUGGGAUCUCUCAGUCAACUUAUGUCACUGCAUUUGAGAGACAACAACUUCUCUGGUAAAAUUCCUUUGUCCUUGCAACAGUGCAAACAGCUGACUACUAUUGACCUUGGCAAUAAUAAGUUGUCAGGUAGCAUACCUGAAUGGAUUGGAGAGAGCCUCUUAUUAUUAAGGGUUCUCCGUCUGCGAUCAAAUAUGUUGGAUGGUAAUAUUCCUAAGCAACUGUCACUCCUUGCUUCUCUUCAAGUGUUGGAUCUUGCUGACAACAAGCUUUCUGGAACUUUGCCACCAUCAUUUGGUAAUUUCACAGCCAUGAUUAUGAAACCAAAUGGGAGCGAACCUGUUCUUUCAGAAGAUUUGGCCUCCUAUUACAUUGAGAAUAUCCAGAUAACCAUGAAAGAUUUGCAACUCACAUUCACUAGUGUGCUCUCACUUGUGACAAGCUUAGACCUCUCAGACAACAAUAUUUUUGGAGAGAUUCCUGAGGAGUUUACAAACCUUCAUGGGCUUAGUUCCUUGAACUUAUCAGGGAAUCAUUUGACAGGAAGGAUUCCGAGAAAUAUUGGUGCCAUGGGGCAGUUGGAGUCACUUGAUCUAUCGAUGAACAACCUAACUACAACAAAAACAAGAUUUGGCGACGCUUUUUAA